AUGAGCGACAGGCUAGGAGUGGUGUUUUAUCCGCGAUACUGCUUUCACCUGGCCCCGACUGCCAAGGGGUGGUGCUUUCUACGUGUCAAGGACCUAUUUACGCUGGAACAGCCAGAUGGCUUUGAAGGCGAGGGUUUCUAUUUCCACCGCAAUUUGCCAAUCAAAUGGGUUCGUAUUGUCGGUGUGAUUGUGGCGAUCGACGAUUUUGCCGGCCUCCGCGCGAUGACGAUUGACGACAGCAGCGGUGCUUGCAUAGAGGUGAUUUCCUCGUCGGCCAUCCCGACAUUAUGUCCGGAUGGGAUGGAGCCCGCAGAAGCGACAACAGGCCUGGCGGCGCAGCCUAACGCACCAUACGACUACGUCGACGUGGGCUCCGUCGUGGACGUCAAGGGGGCCCUGACCACAUUUCGCGAUGUCAAGCAGCUCAGGGUGGAGAAGAUGGCUGCUAUCCGCGGAACGGCGGAGGAAAUGAGGCUCUGGGCCAAGAGGAGCGCUUUUCGGACGGACGUGCUCGAGAAGCCCUGGGUCGUGCCGGACAAGACGCUUCGCAAGUGCCGUAGGGAGGCGGAGCGGUCAGAGGCCGAGAUGGAGAGAAAGAAGAAGCGCCUCAAGGCUGCCGCUUACGUGCAAAAGGGAGACGAGACAAAUAGGAGACAGGGUGCGGUGGAGGCAAGACGCAGGAAGCCGAGCAGAGAAGGAGUUGAGGUUCUGAAAGCCCUGGCAAGCUCCAAGGGAGGCUAUAACGCUUUAGGGCUUUGA